UUACCGAAGAAAAGCAAUGUCCAUGGCGGGAACGGAAAGGGAUCAUCCACAGAAGCAACUCUUGAGCCUCAUCCGCAAUUUUGCCUCCGAGAAAUCUCAAGGAGAACGAAGGGUAGUUACUCUGAGAAAGCAAAUCGAGAAGCUCACUUCUGAUUUGAGCGUUGUUAACGUGGAGCUUGAAGAUGCUAAGCGAUGCAAAGAACUCACUGAGCAGGAGAUUAUAGGUUUUGAAGUUCAAUUUUCCAUGAGUGAAGCUUCAGCUCAAACGCUCGAGGCAAGGAUAUCUCGAAUUCAAUAUGAAAUCUCUGCUCUGAGAUCUGAAGUGGAAACUCUCAAGAUGGAAGAAGCAGCUUUACGUGAGCAAUUCAUCCACAGCAUGCUUGAUCUGAAUGCCAAGAUAAGGAGAUUUCAUGAGAGCAUCAUUAAUUGUGAUAUUGAAGCAGUAGAUUGUGAAGCUUAUACAGAUGCACCACAAGUGAAUAUGAAAGAGAAUGAGAAUGAUGAUGAAAUUGUUGCUCUUGAAAGUAUGCUUUCGGAUAUACUAUCUCAAACAACUAAAGAGGAUGAGGAAUACCGAGCAGAAAUCGAAACUCAUAAGAAAGUUCAGCAGGAACUGCUUGAUUGUGAAACAAAGGUGUCUUUAUUGAACACGAUAGUCACAGAAACAAGAGCAUUGCAGGAUCUAACCAUAUAUCCUUAUGAAUAUUCAAAUCAUAUAGUUGCUGUUUUACUCUGUGCUGCGCAGGUUACACAGUACAUACUAUAUAAAUUCCGUUGAAGAUGUAUGCGCCAUCUGUCAGAUUAAUGGUUAUGGUUUGUGGUUUAUGGUUAAUCAUAUAAAUUCUCUUUAACUGAUUGGCAUGCUCUGCUAUUAUUAGCUAUAGUUUGAAUAUGUCAUGUUGAAUUUAACCAGAGAAACUAUGAAGGGUAUUAGCUAGAAAUUGAGAUUUUCACCAUCUAGAUUCUUUUACGUUCUGUAAAUUUCUCCCAAAAAUAAAAAAGAAAAAAGAAAAGUAAGAAGAGAAAUAAAAUAGAAUCAAAUUUAGUAAAUUUAUUAGCAGAGUAGUAUGUUCAGUUCUACCUCAUCUGCCCCUAAUUUAUUCAAUACAAUGUGCUGGUUCUUGUGAUCUCAGUAUUAUUAUUCAUGUUGAUAUAAUAUUCCAAUAGAACAAAUUCCAUUGUGUCCUUAAUUGAACACAAGCAGACUUCAACCUUAGAAGCUACAUACAACACACUUGUCGAGGAACUUCAGAGAAGAUGCAUUUGUCCUAGUUGCCAUAUGGACAAUUUGGAAGCUAUUAGUGCACUUCUUCUGCCAGAUGAGGAUAAGUGAUGUCUUUUAGGUUUUCUAAUUCUUGACCAAACACCUGGAAGUGUUAUCAUCCCGCUGCAAAUGCAAUCAUGCUGAACUUUGUUUGCACCUUGCGUUCUGACUAAGCCAAAUGAAGUACUUUCUUUUUUUCUUUCCUCUUUUUUUCAUUUUCUUUUUCUGUUUCUUGUACAAAUAUGCGAAAGAAAAUUUUAGAACACAUUAUUCUGAU